ACAAACGAGAACAACAAUAUAACCAAAUUUACACCAACACAUCAACAGCAACAACAACUGCAUUCUCAGCAACAAUCGCAUCACCAAGCAGCUGAAAGUUUGCCGCCAUUAAGUUUGGUGCCACUGCGUGAGAAUAAGGAUAAUGGCAGUGGUGGUGGUGGCAGCGGCGGCGGCGGUGGUGGUGGUGGUGGUAAGGAUCUGCCGACACCCACAUCUACGCCCACUACAAGUCGCAAAAGUCGACGGCGUUCAAAUCUCUUCAUACCCUCCUCCUCGAAGAAGGGCGAGAAAGAUUUGAAGAAUGGCGAAUUGGGUAGCGGACGAUCCAUACCAAUCAAACAGGGUUACCUGUACAAACGCUCCAGCAAAUCGCUGAACAAGGAGUGGAAAAAGAAAUAUGUAACGCUCUGCGACGACGGUCGGCUCACAUAUCACCCGUCGCUACACGAUUAUAUGGACGAUGUGCAUGGCAAGGAAAUACCACUGCAAUAUGUAACUGUAAAGGUGCCGGGUCAAAAACCGCGCGGCUCUAAAUCGAUCAUCACCAAUAGCGCGCUUACAACAUCAAUGCAUGCGAAUGGUCGUAGUCAUGGGCAAAAUGGACUAAGCGAAGGCAUUGGUUGUCUAUCGAUUGUCAAGGAUAACAAGGAGAAGAAGCUAACGGAAAAAGUACUGCUCACAGCCUUCGAUACGCUACGCGAGCCAGUCAAAUCGAACUCUUCGCAGCAGACCAGUGGCGAUGAGGGCAUCGCCAUGUCCAACUCCAAUUCACAGACAUUUAUCGCUGGCAGUGAUAGCCAGCAACAUUUGCAGCAGCAACAACGUGAAUUACUCGCCGUGAAUGCGGCCAACAAAUUAGAAUCUCAGACACCAAAUGUCAAGAAACGUCAUCGUCGCAUGAAGAGCAGCAGUGUGAAAUCGAAUGAAGUAGACGAUUCAGAUAUUUAUGAAUUUUUCAUUGUAUCUUUGGAUUCGAAACAGUGGCAUUUUGAGGCAGCAAGCUCUGAGGAUCGUGACGACUGGGUAGCUGCUAUCGAGCAGGAGAUCUUCAAGAGUCUGCAGGGAAUUGAAAGUACGAAAACUAAACCGGCGACCACAAGCGAGCUGGCCUCAAUGGUGGCGAUACGUACGCGCGUGCCAGGCAAUGGCUAUUGUGUCGACUGCGAUGCGCCGAAUCCUGAAUGGGCUAGUCUAAAUCUGGGUGUGCUAAUGUGCAUCGAAUGUUCUGGCAUUCAUCGCAACUUGGGUUCACACAUUUCCAAAGUGCGUUCGCUGGGCUUAGACGAUUGGCCUGCCGGUCACCUUAGUGUAAUGCUAGCUAUAGGCAAUAGUCUAGCCAAUUCAGUGUGGGAAGCAAACACACGCCAACGCAGCAAACCAAAGCAUAAUUCUACACGCGAAGAAAAGGAAGCGUGGAUACGCAGCAAAUAUGAGGCUAAAGAGUUUCUAGCACAGUGCAAUGCGAAUACAAAUACGACGCCGGGACAGCAAUUAAUUGAGGCCGUGAUCAGGUAAGUUAAAGAG